AUGUAUCGACAAAUUCGCGUACAUCCAGACGAUUGGCCACUUCAGAAGAUUUUCUGGAGAGACUCUCCGUGUGAACGGCCGCGAGAAUAUCUCUUAUGUACCGUGACAUACGGACUAGCUUGCGCGCCAUAUCUUGCACUUCGCUGUCUGCAACAGCUCGCAACCGACAUUGAAUCCACACGCGGACUGGCUGCCGAAAUUCUACGCCGCGAUACAUACGUGGACGACAUUUUAUCCGGGUCAGAUGACAUCUCUACAACGAAAGAAAAGAUGCAGCAGCUUAAGGAUACUCUCACGGCGGGUGGCUUCAAUCCGAAGAAGUGGAUUACAAACGCUUCGGAAUUGCUCCAAGGUAUUCCCGUGUGCGAUCAGGAUCCUUCCGCGAUCCUACCCGUCGGCGACUCCACGACGCAUUAUACUCUCGGAAUUCGUUGGAGCCGAUCAAGUGACAGUUUCGUGUUUGUUGCCCCUUCGUUUCCGCGCUCAGACAAAGCGUUCACUAAACGCUCGGUACUCUCGUUUAUCGCGCGGAUUUUCGAUCCUCUCGGCUGGAUCGCACCGAUUAUAAUCACGGCCAAGCGAUUCAUGCAACAACUGUGGGCAAUACGUCUCGACUGGGAUGACGAAUUACCAUGUUCUCUCAAAUCUCAGUGGAUCGAAUUCAUGCAGCAAUUCGAACAGGUGUCGGCUAUUGUGAUUCCGCGUUGGUUCGGCACCAGCUCAACGGCUCUCGGAACCGAAUUGCAUGGUUUCUCGGACGCCUCUCAACAUGCAAUUGCCGCAGUUAUCUAUCUCCGUGUCGUGACUCCCACCGGCAUUCAUGUGACUCUCGUUAGUGCAAAGACAAAAGUGACUCCGCUUAAACGCGUAACAAUUCCGCGACUCGAAUUAUCAGCUGCCGUACUCCUCGUGAAACAGCUUCUCAAAAUACGCGAAGUUCUCGAUUUAACUCAAACGCCAGCGCAUCUCUGGACGGACUCCACCGUCGCGUUAACAUGGAUCAAAAGCCAUCCAUCGAGAUGGAAAGAAUUCGUGCGAAAUCGUGUCGUGUUCAUACAAGAGCUCUCAAACUCUCGGUGGCAUCACGUCUCAGGGAAAGAGAAUCCUGCUGACGUGGCGUCUCGCGGAACAUCGCCUCAACUUCUCCAGCAAGAUCAGUCGUGGUGGCAUGGACCUCCGUGGCUACAGCAAUUCUCGACCGCGUGGCCAGUCUCAAAGCUCUCGCUCGAUUCCAACGCACAUCUUGAAGAACGAGCUCGUAAUUGCGCCAUCGCGAUCGUGAUUCCAGAGCCAGAUAUGUGGGAUCUCAUAAAACGAUACUCAUCUUUCACUCGACUGACCCGCAUUACCGCCUGGAUUCUACGUGCGAUCCAACGCUUCCGACCUUCAAGGACUGUGCCUGUAUCGCAAGACCCUCUUACUGCAGGGGAGCUAGAAUUGUCAGUCCUUCUUUGGGUCGAAUUAACGCAACAUGCUUAUUUCUCAACGGAAAUUCGACUCCUACGAGGAGGUAAGCAGCUGCCGAAAACCAGCGCACUGUUCCGUCUCACUCCGUUUCUCGAUACUAAAGGGCACCUCCGACUACAAGGACGCCUUCAAUUGUCUCAGCUGGAUCCGGCGGAAAAACAUCCAUUGAUUUUACCUCGCAGUUCUCGAUUGACGGACCUCAUAAUGGAUUAUUACCAUAAACAGACGUUACAUGGCGGACCACAACUCAUGCUCUCGGUUAUACGCCGCAAAUUUUGGAUUCUCGGGGGUCGCCUGCCGGUUCGCUCAUUUAUUCAUCGAUGUGUAACCUGUACACGUCAACAAGCAGUUACCGGGCUUCAACAAAUGGGACAGCUUCCGGCCUCUCGUGCAACUCCAUGUUGA